AUGGCGAUGAACAAGAUCCGCGGUGCCUUUGCGGUGCCUCGGAAAGGAGAGACAUUUGAAUUGCGAGCUGGCCUUGUAUCCCAGUAUGCCUACGAACGGAAAGAGUCGAUCCAGAAGACAAUUAUGGCGAUGACCCUGGGCAAGGAUGUUUCUGCUCUUUUCCCCGACGUCUUGAAGAAUAUUGCGACGGCGGACUUGGAGCAGAAGAAACUGGUUUACCUGUAUCUCAUGUGGGUAGCCUUCGGUGCAUUGAGAGUUUCGGCGCAUUGGCUAACCAGCGGUCUACCCUUUAGGAACUACGCCAAAUCGCAUCCGGAUCUCUGCAUUCUAGCCGUCAACACCUUUGUUCAAGAUUCUGAAGACCCGAACCCGUUGAUCCGAGCUCUCGCUAUUCGUACGAUGGGUUGCAUUCGAGUGGACAAGAUGGUCGAUUAUAUGGAGGAACCGCUUCGCAAGACUCUUCGAGAUGAGUCGCCAUACGUCCGCAAGACCGCAGCAAUCUGUGUCGCAAAGCUUUUCGACCUGAACCCGGGCAUGUGCCUCGAGAAUGGAUUCUUAGAGAUGCUGCAGGAGAUGAUUGGGGAUCCGAAUCCAAUGGUGGUAGCCAAUUCAGUGACCGCGCUGUCUGAGAUUCACCAUACAGCCCCAGAGACCGGGGUCUUGCAGGUGACUCCCAACACACUGCGGAAGAUGCUGAUGGCAUUGAACGAGUGUACAGAAUGGGGUCGCGUCACCAUUCUUUCGACACUUGCGGAAUAUCGGACGGCCGAUGUGAAGGAGUCCGAACACAUCUGUGAGAGAGUCGCGCCACAGUUCCAACAUGUGAACGCUAGCGUCGUUCUUGCCGCUGUCAAGGUAGUGUUCUUGCACAUGAAGUUUGUCGGUCCCGAGUUAGCCAAGACUUAUCUCAAGAAAAUGGCGCCUCCGCUAGUGACACUGGUAUCUUCGGCGCCUGAGGUGCAGUAUGUGGCGUUGAGAAAUAUUGACUUGUUGCUACAAAAGCAACCCGACAUCUUGAACAAAGAGCUUCGGGUCUUCUUCUGCAAAUAUAAUGACCCGCCAUACGUCAAGUUCCAGAAGCUAGAAAUUAUGGUACGGAUAGCAAAUGACCGCAAUGUCGAUCAGCUUCUAGCCGAACUCAAAGAAUACGCUCUUGAGGUCGACAUGGACUUCGUCCGCCGUGCCGUCCGGGCGAUAGGCCAAGUUGCCAUAAAGAUCGAAAGUGCCAGUGAGAAAUGUGUUAACACAUUGCUGGAUCUGAUCAACACAAAAGUGAACUACGUUGUCCAGGAGGCCAUUGUGGUCAUCAAGGACAUCUUUCGCAAAUACCCUGGCUAUGAGGGCAUCAUUCCUACCCUUUGCAAGUGCAUUGAUGAACUUGAUGAGCCCAAUGCUAGAGCUGCACUAAUCUGGAUCGUUGGUGAAUAUGCCGAAAAGAUUAGCAAUGCAGGUGAUAUCUUGGGUGGGUUUGUGGAUGGAUUUAACGAGGAGUUUUCCCAAACUCAGCUGCAAAUCCUGACAGCGGUUGUCAAGCUCUUCCUCAAACGGCCUGACAAGGCCCAGGGCCUUGUCCAGCGAGUUCUUCAAGCAGCCACGGCCGAAAAUGACAAUCCAGAUGUCCGUGACAGAGCGUACAUCUAUUGGCGUCUGCUCUCCAACACGAGCGAUCAGAAUGCCACGAAGAACAUUGUUCUUUCGGAGAAGCCGCCCAUCGUCACUACAAUCAACUCAUUGCCGCCAGCCCUAUUGGAUCAACUUCUUCAGGAGCUUUCUACUCUUUCAUCCGUCUAUCACAAACCACCGGAGCAGUUUGUUGGAGAAGGCCGAUUUGGCGCCGAUGCAGUUCAGCGGGCCGCCAUUGAAGAACAAAUCCAGAACGCACGCGAAAACCCUUUGGCUGCAGCAGCUGCUGCUGCUGUCACCGGUACCGCAGCCCCUGCGCAGGCGCAAAGCAACGUCGAGAACCUGCUGGACAUCGAUUUCGACGGUGGCGCCCCGGCUUCUGCUCACAAGGAACCAUCUGGCGAGUUAUCCGGCCUGGAGGGUUUGGCGGGUACUCCUGUCCGUGUCCAAUCCCCUGCCGCCGGUGCCCCUGCUCCGCAGGCGAGCAACAAUUUGGACGACUUGCUGGGCGUAUUUGGUGACUCUGGUGCGGCGCAACCCUCAUCGAGUGGUACGAAUGGGAAUGAUCUGAUGAAUGGAUUCUCUGGUCUCAAUCUGUCUACAAACGCCGCUCCUCCGCCGACCAAUCAAGCAAACAGCUCCAGCCAGGACAUUCUGGAUCUCCUCUAG